CUAAACCUUGAUUGUAUCUAUAUACAUCGCAUAUCAUGCCGAAAGAACAUUCAAGUGGUGGCACAAACGAGUUACCCACCAUUGUGAUAGAAACACCGGUAAAGCAACAACUCAAAGACACCACAAUGUCACAAGGUUACUAUCCUCCGGGUUUUCUCCGAAAGGUGGUAGCGGAGAUGGUCGCAACCUUCCUGAUGGUGUUUGUUACAUGUGGAUGUGCCGCGAUCGGUACUAGCAAUGAGCACAUGGUGUCUCAGCUAGGAGUUUCUCUUGCGGGUGGUCUAAUUGUAACUGUGAUGAUCUAUGCAGUUGGACACAUCUCAGGUGCACAUAUGAAUCCUGCAGUCACCAUAGCUUUUGCAACUGUUAGACAUUUUCCUUGGAAUCAGGUUCCUCUCUAUGUAGCAGCCCAGUUCACAGGAUCCAUAUCGGCUUCAUUCGCGCUACGGAUAAUGUUACAACCAAUAAAACAUUUGGGCACAACAACACCUUCAGGGACAGACUUACAAGCUCUGAUCAUGGAAAUCAUUGUAACUUUCAUAAUGAUGUUUGUCACUUCAGCUGUAGCCACGGAUUGUAAAGCCGUAGGAGAGCUAGCAGGUAUAGCAGUAGGAUCAGCAGUAUGCAUUACAUCCAUCUUAGCAGGGCCAGUAUCAGGAGGAUCAAUGAACCCAGCACGCACCAUUGGACCAGCAUUAGCUAGUAACAACUAUAAGGGUCUAUGGGUGUACAUCGUUGGCCCGAUAACAGGAACAUUAUCAGGGGUGAUGUGCUACAGUUUUAUUCGAGCAACAAACCAACCAGAUCAGGAGAUUUCUUUGCCAAAAUUUGGUAGAAUGAAAAGCAAUAUUAAUGAACAUGUUGCAGUAAUAUAUCCAAAUGGUUCUGUAAAAUAGCUAGUAUAUUGGCAUCAACUAUCAUGUAUUGACUGUAAAAUUCUCAUGUGAUCAAUGGAUGUUUGAGUGUAUGCUAGAAACUUCAUAAUUCACACUAUUUGUAAACGUACCAACAAUCAAGUAGUGUUCCAUCA